GACAUGCCUGGCGGGGCAUGGAACCCCACCUUCCAUUGCCUGCCAUGCUCCGACUUCUAUCAGGAGUGUAACCAUCCCAACUUGUCAGUUACCAAAACUGCCUAUUCGGAGAUCCGACCCCUUCCGCCUUUCUCUUUCGAGUCUUUUUGCCUCUUGGCAGCGGACCCGUUCAUUCCCAGCGCCCAGGUUGCAAAUCAUUUCCCCCGCCGGACCUCGCACCUGCUGUUGCAUUCCAUUGCAGCGACCGUCGUGCCGGCCUGAGACGUGCAUAUCCCGGGAGUUGGGGACUCGUCAUGGCCUAAACAAGUAUCAUAAAUCCGGUCCUGUCCUUUCUCGCCUGGUUCUCGGUGUCGGCGAUCCAUGGAUGUCACGCCUAGAACAUGUCACCGACCGUUACCACGAGCGAAUCUAGAAUACGACGUCUAGACUCCCACUUGCUCUCUGAAGCAUCCUUGCUCCCAUCGGCUCCACACUGUCCAUCCGGUGAUACAGCAGUAUAAAGACCGACCAGGUUCUCUCCCGCUCACCACUCCGCUGGAUCUACACCAUCUUGCCGAUCGCUUUUUUUUUUAUUUUUUUUUUUAUUUUUUUUUAUAAAAAACUCCCCUGAAAAGAUCGUCGCUUGACACAAGACACUCCAUCAAGCUCUGUCACCCCUCACUUCUAACGUCUAUUAGCCAUCAUGAAGCAACCAACCACGCACUUGCUCACCCUCUUCCUCCUGCCCUUCGCCCUCGCCCUUCCCACACCAGCAGACUCAGUCAAUCAAGUGGAGCAAGGGACCAACACGCCGGCGACAGUGGGCAACGUCAACGCCGGUAUCCCCCGAUGCAAGACACAGGGCCUCAGCGACUUUUGCCUGUCAAACAGCAAUAAGCCAUACUGCGACGCCACCGGGUUUCACAACAACAUGAUGGCCCAGUGCGAGAAGAACUGCUGGUGCGAAUAG